ACUCACCCAUCUCUAAAAAAUAGCUGAGGUCAUGAGAGUGCUUGUUGAUGAAGAGCAUUUGGGUUGGAAUAAAGCGUGGGACAUUGCUUGCAACUGGCUUGCGAGCAUAUGCAGCAGAUCCUGACCUUCAACAAGAAUGGAUGAUGGUUAAGAAGGUUAACAAAAUGAGGCUCGCUGAGUACAUUGAAGCAAUGAGUGGUGUGAAGGUUAGUUUAGAUGCAAUGUUUGAUGUGCACACAAAGCGAAUACACGAGUACAAAAGGCAGCUGCUUAAUAUACUUGGCAUUAUCCAUCGAUAUGACUGUAUCGAGGUGAAUCUGAUUUUAUAUGGUGAAAAACUUCGCAUUCCAUAUUUUUAUAACUUAUUAACAAAGAACUACCUUAAACCUUCUAAAGGGAGCUAUCACCAUCCUCCAGCAUUGUGCAUACUUAGUUCAUCUUCUUGUCAUGGUAAUUUAAGAAGUUGGACAGUAAUUUGUAGAUUUUUCAAUGAGAUAUGA